CAUAUUUUGAACAUGUAUUAAUCAUUAAAGUGCGCGCGUCUACAAAUAUAGGAUAGUAAGAACGGAGAAUAACAAAUCGUUUCUUCCUCUACAUAUUUUUGUAUUGGAUGUUUUAGACAUUCUUUGAUUAUUAUGGUUGGCAUUUGAGCGGUUUCAGGCUUCUGCAACCGAGAGAAUAAUAUAAUAGGAAAGCUAUGAAAAAGGAUAACGAUGAGGCCUAUGAUAAGUUUCUCAUUUGGUUAGCACAAAAUGAUUUUUAUAUCUCAUCAAAAAUCCAAAUUACCAAGAAUGCCGUUGCUGGACGAGGGAUUGUCUCUUCACAAACCAUUUCUCCCCCGGAGGUGCUAGCCUCAUUUGAUAAAAGCUUCGUUUUGAGUCCUAAAAACUCGUAUUUCUCGCCUUUGCUUUCCACACUUUGUUAUGAUGCUGGAGUGUCAGGAAAAACAAAAACCCAUAGUUAUGCUACCCAAUCUGACCAUUUAGCCAAUGUCCGGCUUACACUGGCACUUUUAUUAGAAAAAUCUCUAGGCGAAAAUAGUUUUUGGAAACCUUACUUGGAUACUCUUGAUGAAGUAGUUAUUCCCGAUUCCAUUUUGCUAUGGGACGAUGAUCGAAAUCGAUUGAAGGGGACUACUGUAUAUGAAAAUAGUAACAAUGUAUUAAAAAUAUACUACGAUCAAUACAAGGAGCUAGUUUUACCUUUUUUCAAGAAGUUUAAAUCACUUCCCAUAUCAUGUCCGAGCUGGCUCAAAUAUUUGCAAACAUGCAUUCUCACUCAAAGCAGAUGCUUUUAUAUUGAUGAUUAUCAUCAACUAUCGCUUGUUCCUUUCGUUGAUAUAUUUAAUCAUCAGUCAAAUCCAGAAGUCGCUUUUCUUCAGUGUUCCAACUUUACAGGGGAUUCACCAGGUGAUGAUGAGCCUACGGAUUACUCUCGUUGCAAUUUCUUGCUGAACGCAGUAAUUCAACAAGGGUAUGAGAUUUUUAAUUGCUUUGGGUCUUUUUGUGCCGAUGAACUUCUCAUCCAAUAUGGCUUUUUAGAUCCCACUUGUGAAAUUUGGCAAGUAGAUUUGGAAAGGACGCUGCGGAGCUUAUUCAAGGAACCCUUCCGUCAAUGGAAGCAGUAUUUUGAUUUGAAGUCGCUUCAUGAUUCACAUGAUGAAUAUUGUAAAUUGAUCUUGAGGGAAUCAUCAAAUUCCUCACGAAAUAUACUCUCUCGCCAUCACAAGAGCUUGUGUAUAUUUAAAAAAUAUGGACCGAGUUUUGCAACUUUCUCAUUCGUUUGCUUCCUCGUAUACAACUCUUAUAUGAAAAGCAGAACGAUCACUACUAGUCACUUUCCUUUUUCGAAAUUUGAAAGAAGUCUAUGGAAUUUGCACAUCCGAAACAUGAGUGCUAAGGAACCAAAACUAGAGCAGGAAUUGAUAGCUCUUUAUGCGGAUGUUCUUAAAACACUCCAUUCAAUAUAUGAAAUACGCAAAAGUCAGUAUGGGAAUGGAGGUUUAUCGGCAUCCGAUUAUAAAUUUCUGCUUGAUAAUUCAUCCUUCGAACAUGAAAGUCAUUCUUUUAUUGCUAUAAAAGUAUUUCAUAAUGAGUUAUCGGUUUUGGAAUCUGAACUUCAACGCUGUAUAGAAAUACAGUCCAACCUUCUUAAAGCCAUUAAAGAAAACUAGUAUUAAGCUGUCUAUGUCUAUGAAUGAAAUUUUUAAUAUUCUUUGAAAAUCGAUUAAGAAA